AUGGUUUCUACUGCUACAAUGGCGCCUGUUAUCCAAGACGGCCUUGCACCCAUCACGUACACUGCCUUAAAGAUCAAUUCUGCGAUACCUACCUGCAAGUCUGUAGGAAGGGGGUACGAAGGUGCUCUCACCAACAACAGUGCGGGGCAGGAAGCGUCUGCAAGGUUGGGGUGUGUUCAAAGCGAGAGUGCCGUAUGCACAAAGACUGCCCUGGUAACGACUCUUGCGAAUCGGGAAUCUGUACGAAGUACGAGAGUUACUGUCAUGAGGGAUACAACAACUAUUGCAAAUACGGAUAUGCUUGCCUCAACAGUAGGUGUAUUUUUUGUUCAAGUGGCUAAUUUUAAUUUUUAUUUGCGGCGCAAGGGUGUGACGUCGCGGUAGCUCUGGCAGCCCACCGAUAUGGUCCGAGUUCUUAUCACAGGCGUAAGAUUGAAACUGAUGGUGUCCUACUUUUAGACAUUUUUCCGCUCUUGGCAAAAGCUAAAUGUACUUGUUCAAUUAGGAAUAAGACUAAUAAAAGCCUUUUGUAAACUUGUAUGAUUUUGCGGCCGAGUCUGGCUCUGGCUGCAUGUAGAUGCGUUGCUCUCUGAUUGGCUCAUAGGACUGUCUGCGCAAUUUGUGGCUGGUGACACCUGCCAUUGUGAUUUAGUUUUGGUUUUGCGACACUAAAUAGCAAUCACCCUUUUCGAUAAAAAAAUUCGGCGAACUGGAACUCCGAUAAUAACCCCCUCAUCCCAGCACAGCUCGUACUCAAAACUUUCUAUUUCGUUAUUUUGGUAGAAAAAUGCACGAAGAAAGAAUGCUCCAGUAACUAUGACUGCAAGAUAGGCAACCAUUGCGCCAAAGGAUUUUGCAAACCUAUCAAGGACUUCUGUAGGAGUGACGGCGACUGUGCUGAAGACCAGUGCUGCGCUAAAACGGGUAAUGGUGACAGGGGAGGGGUCUGUCGGGCCUUACGAAAACCAGGUUCCUGGUGCCCUCUACAGGUAAGAAUCUUUUGAUUUACAUGCCAUGGCUUUGCAAGCUAGUUCAUACCACAGAAGUGAUUGGUGCAUUCGAUUAAAAUGAUAACCACCUUAGAUUUUACCAACAAGUAAGAAUAGUUUGAACAGUGUUAAAAUACAAUUUUAUUUAUGCUUGAGUUCCAAGAUAAGUUAUGGUCAAACCUUACUGCUUUCUUGACAAGUUUUUGCCAAAAAAAAUUAGUUGGGAAAACCAGCAUUUUUCUUAAAAAUGACUUGUCCACUCGCCGGUCAUGAUCUAGUUGCCAUAGGAACCGUCGUUCACCCACAUUUGCUGAAAUAUGCCUUAGCAAUAAAUAAAUAUCCACCGAAGAGAAGAGAUACUGAGUCAGAUCUCUUUUUGAAAAAAAAAAAUGUCUGACUCAGAGAAAAGCAUUUAGGCAGAGGAGCAUCAUAUUAUGACCUGUAGACCUGGUCAUGUCCAUAUCGUGAUAGUCCAUUUUCGUGCUAUAUGAAUGAUUAUUUUAAAAUGUACCAUGAUCGACAAAGUUCCGUAUUACGUUUCAAUUAACACACCCUCUGCAUGGUCGUUCAACAAUAAUGCUCUAACAGUUUGAGUUUGUACUGUAAGGGUUUUCUAAAACUUCCCGGGAGGGGUAAGAAUGUUUACUCACACUAUUUAUUUCUCCUCAGCAAAAUUUGGAGGCCUGUCCAUGUGUGACUGGCUACGUGUGCAACAUAAAAACAAACAUCUACUGGGGACAAUGUGAGGCCGUCGAUGGCGGGUCGGGGUCUGGAUCGGGAUCGGAGGAAUUCUAAAUGACAUCAUCACUAGGAAAACAGUUACUGUCAAAACUUUUACUUGGAUCAACGUUUUGUUAGGAAGAAACUUCCAAUAAAGUUUUGAAAUUCUUCUAGACCGUGUGUAUUUUAAUCGACUUUAACGUUUAAGUGCCCUUUAUUAUUUCAAAUAAAACUAUUAAAACUUACUCGUCAGUCAUGAAAAGUAGCUAUCAUAUUAAACUUACCAUAACUUCUUACAGCAUUACUGCCAAAUCAUAAAUAUACAACUUUGCCAAAAAGAAGAUAGUACAGUAAAUUAACUGAAGUUAUUAAUGGAAGAAGUUAAGAUAUCAUUGCAAUUUUGUGUUGCUUUAUUAUUCCUCAUCUUUCCCAGGAACUGAAAUCAAAUUUGCUCUGCCAUCAGCAUUAACAUAGAGCUCUAGUGUCCCCUCGUAUUUUCUCAUUUUUGACUAUUGACCGCUAUUAUAGCGUACUUUAGGAUUCUUGGUCAGUUUGAUGGCACGGCUUACCAAAACUUAGAACUGGCUACUGGCUUGGGCAUUUUGUCGGAAAUUGAAAUAGUCUAGCUCGAGAGUCUAGUUUUCGCCACGAAAAAAACUAUCACUGCCUUGCAAACUAUUUAUAGACUGGUCUGACUGGGCUGUCUUGAUUAACAGAGUAAACAGUUCUCAGGAAAGGACCAGCCUCGUCAAAGCUGCUCCCAUGCAGAGAAAAACGAGGCUCAUCGGUGUGGCCUUGAAAGAUCCGGAGAUGACCAUGCCGACCGCCGCGGGGAAGCCAUUACACUCAUCAUUCGAACAGCAAUGGACAUUGCACUUCUGCACUUCUAUUCCAAAGUUCUCGUACCAAAUAUCCUUACGGCAAAUUUUCUCCUUUACAGUGGCGCACUGGGACUGUAUAACGAAGAAAAAUUUGAGUUAAGCGUUUAA